AUGCCGGGCGUACUGGGCCGGAAUUUGCCCGAGAAGAGCCGCGCGGUGGUCGCGAUCCUGGAACGCCCCGAAGAGACUGCAAAUGAACACGUCUAUGUCAACAGCUUCGCUACCACGCAGAACAAGAUGUUGAAGGCAUUCGAGGAGCUCAGUGGGGAUAAGUUCAAGGUGACACAUGCGAAGAUGGAGGAUUGCAGCAAAGCGGCCCAUGAGAAGAUGAGGUCCGUUCCAGCGAAGGGAGCAGUGUGGCUUCGGGGCGGAUUUGAAGCGACCGUCCUCAUCAUGCUCGACCAUCGAGGAUUCUGGGAGUAUUCGAAGACAAAGGGCCUCUGGAACGAAAGACUUGGGCUGUCAAAGGAGAACCUGGAGGAUACGGUCAGAUCUGUUCUGGCCAAAGCUGCGGCAUAA